AUGCACUUGGCCAAGCUCUUCUCUAUCACAUGGAAUCCUACAAGGAGCUCACUUGCGAGUUUAGCUUCAAUGAGGUACCACAUGUAUGAGGAAGAUAGAGCUGAUUUGGACCAAGGAUUGGGAUGGAUCACGUUCUUGGCUAAGGGAGAGAAGAGAAUGGUGACCUUUAGGCAGCUGGAGAUCUUGUUUGGGUUCAACUAUGGAGAGGGAACCAAGUGGAACUUCAAGGAAAAGGAACUCCAAAGGGUUUGGGCUACAAUCGCUGAUGGAGUGUACUCUUCCUCAAGGUCCAAGGCAGCUCAGAUCAGGAGCCCAGUCUUGAGAUAUGUGCACAAGGCACUUGCCAACACCUUCUUUGCAAGGAAGGCGACCGGGACAAUCAACGAGGGAGAAGCUCAAGUUCCAAUUCAAGUUCACACAUCCAUUGGUUGGCCCUCCAAGUUUCUCCUGCCCAACCCAGAGCUCACCACAGUUGCAAGGGGUGAGAACAUUGACUUCAGACCCCCUGUGUACACAUUAGUUGGGCAUGAAGGGAUUUGCGAGAAGAGGAGCCUGAGCUCGAUCGAGCUGAGGAUCGAGCUGAGUCGAGCUGAGGAUCAGGUCCAGGAGAGUGCGGAUUUGGGUGAGCCUGAGUGCUACUACUUUGAGGAGUAUGAGGCUCCAAGGAUGAACCCCUCUGUUGUGGCUGCCACAAGAGGAUUGGACUUCUCCAAAAGUUCAACAAGUGGCAAGGGAAAGCCAUGA